CUCUAUCAUCAGCUCCUCCCUCCUUCUUCCUGCCGUUCACCUGACUUUCUUUUCCUGAAACGGCCGAAGUCCUCUGACUCUUGUUCUGAAUAUUUUGUUAAAAAACACACUGAACUAAAUGGCUCAAGACUAUAUGAAACAAGGUGGUAACAUGUCUUCAUCGUUGCUGUUUCUGAUAAUAAUACUGAAAGUCUUCAGUGGACAGAUCCUCACAUGUCAUCCAGCAGAGUACCUAACAGCGGGAGGAUGCUGUCCUAUGUGUCUUGCUGGAAGUCGAGUUAAAACAGAUUGUACAGAGUUCAGAAGCACAUCCUGUCUGCCCUGCAUUAAUGGAACCUACAUGAAUCAUCCCACUGGACUUAAACAGUGUUUCACCUGUGCAAACUGUGAUGCAGGUUCUGGUCUGCAGAUAAAGACAUCAUGUACAUCAACAUCAAAUACAGUUUGUCAACCACUGGAGGGAUUCUACUGUAUGGACUCCACAGAGGACGGCUGUGUGAAAGCACUGAAACACACAAGCUGUCAACCAGGACAAUACAUCAGACAAAAAGGAACCAGCAGCACUGAUACAGUGUGUUAUAACUGUCAGCCGGGCUAUUUUUCACAGGAUGGUGUGAACUGCACAGCUUGGACAAUUUGCUCAGAAACUGAAGUGAUGUUCAAAGAAGGAAACCAGACAAAUGAUGUCGUCUGCAGAAGUGCAUCAAGAAAUCAUUACUCUUUAUUUUCACCAUUGUUGAUGGUUUUCUCACUAACACUUGCCUGGCUUGUGAGCAGAGUUGAUGGAGAAAUUCUUGUACCCUUGUCAGUUUUGAUGAAGAAUAAAGAUGAAGAAACUCCACAGGCUCCAGUUGAUGCUCUCAGAUGACCUCAGAUUUGAUUACUGACUAUUAAAAUGUACUUACACACUUACUUAUACCUGCAACUGACAUUACGACUAUUAUAAUGAUGGGAUAUUACUGUUACUUCCAUUUAGGCUACUGUUGUUUUUAUUAAAAUGUCAUUACAUUGUUCCAGAUAUUAUCACUUUAUUGUGAGGCUUUUUUUUUUUUUUUUUUUUUUUAACAUUUUCUAGUACUAUGAUUGGUUGCUCCUGAUUUUAUUUUUAUAGCCUGACAUCAGGUUUGUCUUCUUGCCUCUAGAAAGCAUUUUGUGCAUCUUGCUUGAAAUUAUUAAUUUUUUUCUUAUAUCUG